AUGGAUGAUUUUGUAUUGACUAUUGAAGAUGAUACUGAAGUCAUUAUUCCAGAAGAAGAGAGUAGUGACGUUAAUGAUAACCCACAAACAAGUUCUUCUAAUAAUAAGAAAUUAAAUAAAAAGGGUGAUAACAAAAAAGAAAAAAAGACUAAAAAAGAAAAGGAUAAAAAGGAAAUCAAUAAAAAAGAUGUAAACACAGAGAAUGAUAUUAUUAAUCCGGACUUUACAUUCUUUAUCGAUGGAAUUAAUAAUUCAAUCGAACAUCCAUGGGAUUUUAGUGCUGCAAGAGCUGGUCUUAAACCGAAAAUACUUGUGACAUCUAGAACUAUUGAUGAGAUAAUUGAAAAGAAGAGAUUAGAUACGAAGAAAGAGAAAAAUGCUAAGGCAAAUGGUAAUAAUAAGAAUGGUAAUAAAAAGGUUAUUACUAAAUCAAAACAUGACGAAGAUGAUCCCUUUGCAUUUGGUGGUGGUGUAGAUUAUGUUAUUGAUGAUGAGGAAGGAAUUAGUGAUUCUGAACAAGAGGAGGAAAAUAAUGAACAUAAGGAGAAACAGGAUGCUAAUUCUGAGGAUGAUAUGAAUGAUGAAGGCAUUGAUGAAGAUGAUGAUGAGGACGACGUGGAUGAGGAUGACACAGUUAGCAGUGAAACAGAUGAUGAAUAUGAAAGAGAGCGAAAGAAAGCAUAUUUUGCAGAUAAAUCCGAAAUAAUACAGAAUCAAGAUUUGGCAUCAACAGAAUCAUUUCAAACAAUGAAUUUAUCAAGACCAAUAUUGAAAGGAUUAAGCCAUUUAGGAUUUAUUCAACCAACGCCAAUACAAAAACAAGCCAUACCAAUUGCACUUAUGGGUAAAGAUAUUUGUGGAGGAGCGAUAACGGGAAGUGGUAAAACUAUAGCCUUUUUAGUACCAAUAAUAGAAAGGUUAUUAUAUAGACCAAGACAGACAGCAGAAGUUAGAGUACUCAUAUUAGCACCUACACGUGAAUUGGCUAUACAAUGUCAUAGUGUUGCUAGUAAAUUAGCAGCUUUUACGGAUAUCACUUUAUGUCUUUGUGUCGGUGGGUUAAGCCUUAAGAAGCAGGAAACAGAAUUACGGGUACGUCCUGAUAUUGUUAUUGCGACUCCAGGAAGACUUAUUGAUCACGUAAGAAAUUCUGUAUCCUUUUCACUGGAAAAUAUCGAAAUUCUAAUUAUAGAUGAAGCUGAUCGGAUGUUGGAAGAUGGAUUUGCAGAUGAAUUAAAUGAGAUAGUUAAACAUUGUCCAAAAUCACGACAAACAAUGUUAUUUUCAGCGACAAUGACAGAUAAUAUUGAUGAAUUAAUAAGAUUAUCGUUAAAUAGACCAGUAAAAUUAAUGGUAGAUCACAUUAAAGCAACAAAUGCAAAAUUAAUACAAGAAUUUAUUAGAAUAAGAGAACAUCAAGAAAAAAAUCGCGAACUUAUAUUAUUAAUUUUAUGUAAAAAAUAUUUUAAACAUAAAGUUAUAAUAUUUUUUAGAUCAAAGAUGAUUGCUCAUGAAAUGAAAAUUAUUUUUGGAUUAUUUGGGUUAAAAGCUUCUGAAUUACAUGGUAACCUUUCACAAGAGCAAAGGUUGGAAGCGUUAGAAGCAUUUCGUGAUGGUAAAGUAGAUUAUUUAUUAGCUACAGAUUUAGCAUCACGUGGAUUGGAUAUUAAAGGAAUCGAAACAGUUAUUAAUUAUAAUAUGCCACAAAGUUAUGACCAUUACAUUCAUCGAGUUGGUAGAACUGCUCGAGCAGGCAGAAAUGGGCGAUCCGUUACAUUAACAGGAGAGGAAGAUCGUAAAUUAUUAAAAAUGGUGUUAAAACAUUCACAAAAAGAACAAAUUAAAAGAAGGAAUAUAGAUACAGAGUUAAUAAAAGAAUAUGCUGAAAAUUUAGCAGGUAUUAAAGAUAAAGUAAAAGAAGUACUGAAAGAAGAAAAGGAAGAAAAAUUAAUUAAACAAACUGAAAUGGAAUUAUUAAAAGGCCAGAAUUUGAUCAAAUAUAAGGAAGAAAUUGUGAAUAGACCUGCUAGAACUUGGUUUCAAACUGAAAAAGAAAAAAAAUCAUCAAAAAAUCUUUCUGUUGAAGAGUAUAAUGAAAAAUUUGAUGUUAAAAAACGAAGAAGGGAUGAAGAUGAUGAAGGAGGAAAAAAGAAAAUUAAAAGAGAUAAAUACGCUGCUGAUGUUACUAAAAAGAAUGCCUUUACUGUUGUACCAAAGAAAAAAGGUGUUGAAAAGGAAAAAAGUAAAGUCGGAAAUGUUAUUAAAAAGAAAGUUAAAAGUGGAGGUUAUAAAAGUAUUUUGAUAAUGUGA